GGGAUCGCACGGCAGAGACAAAGGAUAUCAGUAGGGCUUGGACUUAGCAGCGAAGGGAAGUCGGGUGUCCGUGUGGGGCGGUGGGCGUCUCGGGCUGGGGGAGGGUGAGGUAAUUAGGGAGGGGGGCUGUAUUUAAACUCUCGGAGCCGUUAAGUUGGUUCGCACUCCCGAUGCGCGCGCAGCCUGGGUGGUGGCGGAGCGCGCAUGCGUGGGUCCUGGGCGAGCGGGACGCGCGCCCGUCGUGCGCGCUCGCGGCAGAGUGGUAGUGGCGGAGAAAAGGGAGUCGGCGCACGCGCAGUUGGUUCCUCGGCUUGUCCGGGUCUCGCGGGCAUCUUGUUUUGGUCUCGCGGGCGAGUGGAGCGCGCUUGGUGUGUCGCGGGAGGGAGGUGGAGGCGCGAGGCAGAGCUGCGCGCGCACUCGGGGAAGGAGGGAGUGAGGUGGUCUUAGGAAGGGUUACAGGGGGCUUCCCCUUGCUCUCUUCUCAGUACCCUCGCUUGAGAAGGGGAAAUUAAACAGGGAGAGGAGAUGAUCGAGAUGGCGGCGGAGAAGGAGCCCUUUCUGGUGCCGGCCCCGCCGCCGCCGCUCAAAGAUGAGUCGGGCGGAGGGGGCGGCCCCGAGGUGCAAUCGCACCAAGAGGCUGCCUCCGGGGAGCUCCGUGAUGGGACAGAACACGGGCCGGGCCCUCGCGCGCACUCGGCCGGGGCCGCAGCCAGCGGAGGGGGCGGCCCCCAGGCACAGGCGCACGGGGAGCCCCACGGGCGAGCCGCCGCUCCUGCGGACGUGGGGGAGGAGCGCCGGGGAGGGGGCGGGACGGACCUGGGUCCCCCAGCCCCUCCUCGACCUCGCAAUGGCUACCAGCCCCACCGACCCCCUGGGGGUGGUGGGGGCAAAAGAAGAAAUAGCUGUAACGUGGGGGGAGGGAGCGGUGGAAGCUUCAAACAUCCGGCCUUCAAGAGGCGCCGGCGAGUGAAUUCAGACUGCGACUCUGUGUUACCAUCCAAUUUCCUUCUGGGGGGUAACAUAUUUGAUCCACUGAACCUGAAUAGCCUCCUGGAUGAGGAAGUGAGUCGCGCACUCAAUGCGGAGACCCCAAAGUCAUCCCCACUUCCGGCCAAGGGGCGAGACCCUGUGGAGAUCCUCAUCCCCAAAGAUAUUACUGACCCGCUCAGUCUCAACACUUGCACUGACGAGGCCCAUGUAGUGCUUGCCUCACCACUCAAGAUUGGUCGCAAGCGCCAUAGACACCGGGGACCGCACCACCAGCAGCAGCAGCAGGCGUCUGGAGGGAAUGAUAGCAACGCCGCCGUGCUGCCCACUGACCCUCUCACGCCCUCACUCCAUGGGGAGGGUGCUACGCAGCAGCAGCAAAACAGAGGCCAGAACCGUGAUGCCCCUCAACCCUAUGAACUCAACACAGCCAUCAACUGCAGGGAUGAAGUUGUGUCUCCCCUUCCAUCUGCCCUGCAGGGUUCCUCAGGCUCCCUUUCUGCCCCUCCAGCUGCCUCAGUUACCUCUGCACCCUCUACUUCUUCCUCCUCCCGACAUCGCAAACGUCGCAGGACUUCCAGCAAGUCAGAGGCAGGGGCUAGGGGUGGAAGCCAGGGUUCCAAGGAAAAGGGCAGAGGGAGUGGAGGAGGCCGUCACCACCACCACCCACUACCUGCAACUGGCUUCAAAAAGCAACAGCUAAAGUUCCAAUAUGGGAAUUACUGCAAGUACUAUGGCUAUCGCAAUCCUUCCUGUGAGGACGUGCGCCUUAGGGUGUUGAAGCCCGAGUGGUUUCAAGGCCGGGACGUCCUAGAUCUGGGCUGCAACGUUGGCCAUCUGACCCUAAGUAUUGCCUGCAAGUGGGGCCCAGCCCGCAUGGUGGGGCUGGACAUUGAUCCACGGCUUAUCCACUCUGCUCGCCAAAAUAUCCGACACUACCUGUCGGAGGAGCUUCGUCUCCAAGCUCAGACUUCUGAGGGGGACCCAGGGACAGAGGGGGAGGAAGGGACUAUCACUGUCCGAAAAAGGAGCUGCUUCCCAGCCUCACUGACAGCCAGCCGGGGUCCCAUCGCUGCACCCCAAGUGCCCUUGGAUGGAGCGGACACAUCUGUCUUCCCCAACAAUGUCGUCUUCGUCACGGGUAACUAUGUCCUGGACCGAGAUGAGCUGGUGGAUGCCCAAAGACCGGAGUAUGAUGUGGUGCUGUGCUUCAGCCUCACCAAGUGGGUGCACCUGAACUGGGGUGAUGAGGGGCUGAAGAGAAUGUUCCGCCGCAUCUACCGGCACCUGCGCCCUGGGGGUAUUCUGGUCCUGGAGCCCCAACCAUGGUCCUCCUACUGCAAGAGAAAGUCUCUCACGGAAACAAUCUAUAAGAACUACUUUCGAAUCCAGUUGAAGCCAGAACAGUUCAGUUCCUACCUGACAUCCCCAGAGGUGGGUUUCUCCAGCUAUGAGCUUGUGGCCACACCGAAUAACACCUCCAGAGGUAAGAAGGGCUCGUUUUUUUGGGCUGGGAGGGGAUCGUCCUGGCUGCAAGGGUAUAGGCCCUGUGGAGAACCCCAGGGUCCUACCCACCUGCCUCUGUCUUCCCUUCAGGCUUCCAGCGUCCUGUGUACUUGUUCCACAAGGCUCGAUCCCCCAGCCACUAAGUGGCCUUCUGAGAAGUUGUAAAGAGGCUGCCCUUGCUGCUCCUGAGGACCUGGGGGGAAAGGAAAUUAUUCCAAGGUCUUUCCUAACUCCAAAAAGUUUCUCCUUUUCUUGGAUCUGUCAAGAGAGCUUUUCCUAAGUUGCUACCCCACAUCUCCUCCCUGUCACCUCUGGCACUUGAGCAAGCCCAGCUGUGCUGGAAUUCCAUCAGCUUCCUCUCCUAGCCCGCUGGGCUGGAUGGCAUGGACUGUUUGCUGACUCUGCCCACCUGGGACAGGGGAAGGGGGAAUGUCGAGUUCUCCAGGCCCUUCCUCCUGUUCUCAGGGGACUUCCCGCUUCUCCUCAGCCUUUGUUCCUAGCUGCACUUAAAUGGACCAUGGAUGGACUAAGGGUGUUAGAGGGGAAGUUUGGUAAGGAGACACACAGGUACUGUGAAAGUCCUUCUGCUGUCCCCCGGUGGGAGGGAGCUGGGUUUGGAAAUGUGAGAACAGCACAAUAAACUUGAUAACUAGGGCAGUGGCCCCCGCA